CAUCAGAGCUGUAGUAUAAAACUGCGAAGUAAAUUAAACACUCAAGUGGAAACAGUGGCUCUUCACUGUGGGAAGUUCAACAAGUAGUAUUACAAAGUCGUUCUCUCACGGCGGAACUUCAAAUCCUCACAAGCAAACUUCUGGCGGUGACACAGCACGGUGUUAACCUAUUUGAUUUUUUUCACUGGUUUUUAAUUCAGCCUAUUAAUAAAGGAAAAUUCUUGUCCACAGUAAGUACACGUUCUUUUAUUGGUUACUGGUUUUUUAUUACAGAGCUUUUGAAAUAAUAAAAGGAACAGUUUGGUCAACAGCCAUCAAACCAAUGAUCUAUAUUAGGAUUUUUAAUAAAGUUUAACGAAUUUUCCAAAAUUUGAGAUAAGAAUUAGAAAUAAAAUUGUACAACUCUAGUUUGGCUUAACAGUAACACUUAAGACUGUUAUUAAGUUAAGCCGGAGAAUUCCAUAAAAUGAGAUGAUGAUCCAGUUUGAAAAUUCCAGAUGGGAAAUAAUGAUAUGUUUUUUUGUUUUUUUUUAAAUCAAAUAAUUAUUAGGAAUUUCCUCCUCAAAAAUCAAAGGCGUUAUUUUCACGUUAACUUAUGAUUACCAGAAGGCGUCUCUCGAAAUGGUGACAAGGGAAAUAUUUCUUUGCUUAUCCCUGCCCACAUUUGUAAAUAUAAAAUGAUAGGAACGCAACCCAAGCAUGUGCUUCGCUUUGGAACGAGCGUAAUUGUUGCUUCAUCAAUUAGCAUACACUGUUAGGACACUGUUAGCAGACUGUAAAUGAUAAAAACAGAUUUGAGCCUAAUCUUAAAGAGUUAAAAGGUAUAGCUUAACAGUAUGGACUUUGGUCCCAAAUAUUAAACUAUUAUUUAUAUUCAGUACAUAAUAUAUAUAUAUAUUUUUUUGGAACAAAACUAAAUAAAAUAAUUUUGUAGAACAAUUUUAUUUGAAAUAAAUUAUAUGGGAGAUAAUUUUAUCUCUAGAAAAUAUGUUGAGUUCAACUUCUGUUGUCAUGUUUUGAUAACUACUUUAGCCAAAACAUUCUGUUCCACUUUUCAUAAGCGUUUUUUGUUCACCACACGAUUUACUAUUUGGAUAAAAAAAAUUGUUUUCAUGAGAUCGGAUUACCUGAUAUAUAUGGCAAAUGCAAAGAAACUUGUAAAACCAUAAGCUGUCAAAAGUAAUACCCCACCACCCCACCCACAAAAAAAAAAAAAAAAAAAAAAAAAAGAAUUAUCCAAAAGUAUAAUAAAAUAAAUCAGUGAAACCCAUAAGAAAAGGCCUGCAGAACUCAAAAUGUAAGGCGGGCCGUAAUACUUUAUGAAAAACUCGUGCGGGCCAAAAGAAAAAUAAGACAGGGGGAAAGCUAUCCAGAAAAUAUUACAGAAUAAAGAAUAUUUCGUUAAGUCCCGGGCCGCAAAGUGGGCCGUGUGUUCAAUGUGCCGUGUGUUCAUGUGCCGUGUGCUGUGCGGGCCUGCAUUAGACAAUUGCAUAGAAAUAGCAGUAAAAAUUGACGACACUGCUUUUAGUCGUGUCACAUGUAAACUAAGACACGUGCGAGUUAUCAUGGGUAUAUGGCGACAUUGACUUGUAUAUAUCAAAAUAACUAACAUGGGUUUCGGAGUACCUAUCUGAAUUCUUUUAUUUUUCUAGAUAUUAAUCAACUCGCAUUAACAACAUGCAGUUGUUGUUUUUUCUAUUUCCAGCACAUCCGGCCUUAUGAGGACGUGAGCAGCCAUUUGUGUACUACCAUUUCAUAGCAUCACUUUCUACAUUUUAAUGGAAGUUAAAAAAAAUAUCUAAGAAUCUUUACAUUGGACAACCGAAUAAAAGAAGCCGUGUUUAAAAUUAAACUCAAGAAGAAUACCAAAUGCAAUGAAAAUCUGGCCACUGGUGCAUUUCUCAAACGUGUCAUUGGUGGGUGGUUAACUUUUAUUUGUGAUUUAAGCAGCUCUCAUAUAGUACAGUGCUUUGAGAACGAACUUUAAGAAUCGGGCAACGGCCAUUCGAUCAGUGACAACACCACAUCCACCCCGCUCCCAAAUGUUAAGCAUGCAGUUCGCUAUCGUGAUUUGGGCCAUAUGUUUUGCGGUCUUGGAGACCACAAAGACGUCGCCUCGGGAUAAAUCGAGAUCAUCCGUCACGUCUGAUGGUCGUGAGUUGAACGACGAGCCGCAGACGUACACCGCGCUGGCGGAAGAACCAUCUCAUGGACUGGCGAGACAAGGUACUCGUCGCGAGGAGAUACUGAGCCUUCCGUCACGUCGAUCGGCGGACCAUGCGAACAGCAGCUUCAUUAGUACAGAACUGAAUGCCACAACUGAGCAUGAACACCAAACCGGCGAAUCGAACAACGUCACGACAGACGGCGUACGGGAACGCGAGCCGGGAUCAGCCUCCCACAGAGACCACAGCAGAAUUAAUGUUACGCAUCCCUUUCAGGGCAGCGCCCACGUCAAAGAACAAGCCACGGUGGCAUCUGCCGCCGCCCCCACGCUUCCCGCCGAAGCUCUCGACCAGCCCAGCGCCCAAAAUGUAUCCGAGGAGGAGACGCGAUCGAAAGUCUACACUGAGAAGGUCAUGACGGAAGUGGGGCAUUUGGAAAUGACAAAAAGUUUAAACAGGCCGCCCUGGCUGGUGACGAAAUUUCACGAGAAAGAUAAACCAGAGAAUGAGGCUGUGACACAUAACAAAUCAAUGCCCGCCCCCUCUAGAGCGGUGCUAACGGGAGAUGAUCUCGAAAAUAAGAGGAACGGCUCCACGUGGUCUUAUCAGAACUACACCCACGUGACAUCACUUCCGGGGAGUGAUGAUGUUUCCGGAAAUAUUUCAAAGACGCCCGAAUCGGGCGGCUCCUACACUCAAGACGAGGUUCUCCCGGCGACAACCAGACUCGUUCAGACCCAGACCUUUGCGACGAGAAGCACAUCGGUGACCCCGGAAACGAAAGACAAGCGUAGGCGCAUGUUUCCUGAUAAGGGCAAGUACACCUCACCCAGCAAGGUCACCCCUAAGGAAAAACCCGUCCGAGAGAAGUUGCGGGCGCAAACCGAUUCACCGGGUCGGCAAGACGAUAAGGAUAAAAAUGCCCUGCCCACCACUUCUCACGCGGCGUACACAAACACACGCGCCGAGGACGCCAAAGCACCCGACAUGGAAAAUGGGGACUGCCCGACGUGUGGGAAUCAGGGUAUGACGGAGGACGAGGUGAAAGAGCUGCGACUGAGCAUGUUCACCGACCUGCUCCUGCAAAAGUUGCGCAUGUCACCGGAAGACCUGACCCAGCGCUCAGAGAAGCCCAUACCCAAGCUGCCCGAUGAGGUGUUUGAGCAGAAGUUCAAGGACAAGAGGUGGGACGACGUGCCAGAAGACUUCUACGCCAGGGAUGAGGAGGUCAUUAUUACCGGAGAAGACAGUGAGUACAUUGUAUGCUGUCACGAUAGUGUUCUUGACCCCUUACAGUAAGUACAUUAUAUGCUGUCACGAUAGUGUUCCCGACCCCGUAAAGUGUGAACAUUGUAUGCUGUCACGAUAGUGUUCCCGACCCCAUAAAGUGAGUACAUUGUAUGCUGUCACGAUAGUGUUCCCGACCCCUUACAGUAAGUACAUUAUAUGCUGUCACGAUAGUGUUCCCGACCCCUUACAGUGAGUACAUUGUAUACUGUCACGAUAGUGUUCCCGACCCCUUAAAGUGAGUACAUUGUAUGCUGUCACGAUAGUGUUCCCGACCCCAUAAAGUGAGUACAUUGUAUGCUGUCACGAUAGUGUUCCCGACCCCCUUACAGUGAGUACAUUGUAUGCUGUCACGAUAGUGUUCUUGACCCCUGACAGUGAGUACAUUGUAUGUUGUCACGAUAGUAUUCCCGACUAUUUAAAGCCGGUAGAAAAAAAAAUGUAGAAGAGUAAUCUCUUUUCACAAAAUUAGCUUUAACGACCCGGGUCUGAAAUGUAACGAUUGCCAUCCAAAUCCUUGACACUACGCAAGCGUCUUCUUUUUUUCCUUCUUCUUUAUAUGUUUGCUUGGCGAAAAUGUAAUAUAUAUAUAUAUAUAUAUAUAUAUUACAGCAUUGCCACCAUAAUUAUUAUUAAAAAUGACAAGGUGAAGUUUUACACAAAUAUUUUUUUUAAAAACCUCUAAAGUUUAAAAACAUAUGAUAUCUUUUCCCAGAGGCGUAGCCAAGGGGCUUACGCGACGGAUCUCCCCAGGCACCAGCUAGUUAGGGGCGCCAAAAUGUGCUUUGAUAUUGUUUUGUUGAUGAAAAUAAUGGGUUUGAGAGUUGAAAAAAGAAAAGAGGGCGCUUAAAAAUGAAUCUUGGUCCCGGGCGCCAAAUAUUUUCGCUACGCCUCUGGCUUUCCCCAUGUUAUUCAAUGGAAAAUGAUACACUCUAAAGGAAACUUUUAUGAAAGUGACUUUCAAGUGAAUUUAAAGUGUAAUGAAUAAAGAGGAAGAUUUAUUGAAGGCAAAAACAAAGAAGACAUUAAAUUCGUUUUUAUACGGAAAUUAGCCCUACUUUUCACACAAAACUGGGUCUCAUAGAACUAUUAUUUAUUGUUGUUUUCUUCCAUAAAUACUUAAUGCGAUGUAAUGCUUAUGAAUUUUAAUUUAACAAAAAAUGUAUCACAAUAAUGAACAAAAUUACCGCAAGCUUCAAUUGACCUGCUUAUAUUUAAUGAGCUAUCAAGACUCGUUAAUCAUGUCGUGAGUUUGGUGAUGGGCCAGUGGUGGCCCUCUAUUUGCUUGGCGAAAAUGUUUGGUGACGAGCCAGUGAUGGCCCUCUUAUUUGCUUGGCGAAAAUGUUUGGUGAUGAUCCAGUGAUGGCCCUCUGUUUGCUUGCCGAAAAUAUUUGGUAAUGAACCAGUGAUGGCCCUCUGUUUGCUUGGCGAAAAUGUUUGGUGAUGAUCCAGUGAUGGCCCUCUGUUUGCUUGCCGAAAAUUUUUGGUAAUGAACCAGUGAUGGCCCUCUGUUUGCUUGGCGAAAAUGUUUGAUGAUGAUCCAGUGAUGGCCCUCUGUUUGCUUGCCGAAAAUUUUUGGUAAUGAACCAGUGAUGGCCCUCUGUUUGCUUGGCGAAAAUUCUGAAGUAUUUUUUUUUUUUAAUCUAACUUGUAGUUGCUGGUCAAUGUCUUAUAUAAAAAAAAAAUAUGGUUGGAUUUGGUCUCAGAUCUAAAAAAUACAAAUAAAUUUAAAAAAAAAAAAGAAUAUAUUUCCCGCUUAAAAAGCCCCCUACGCCAUCCGUAUAUUUAAAAAAGACAAGACUUGAAAGCAAAAGCGAUAUAGUGGAAACGCUGAGCAUAUGAUGUGAAGGUCAAUAAACGAGCCACCAAGGGAGGGGGGGGGAUGGGGGGUAAAGCGUUUCCCUUCUGAGCACUGUUAGACCCGUGAGUGGGGUGGUUGGGGUGGGGGGCAAAUUAAUUCAUGCGUCCUUGAAUGGUUUGCCCUCAUUGAUUGUGCAGGAUUUCAGGGCGUGGCCCAGCCACGUGUGAAACAACUCUGAAUCCAGACAGAGCUGCGUAAUGUAAACGUCAUCGCCAUAUAUUUCUUCAUCUCUAUCCCUGUCGAUCCUGUCUCUCUCUCUCCGACGGAUCCAAAUCUAACUCCGUCUCUUCCUCUCCGAAGGAUCCAACUCUAGCUCAGUCUCUCUCUCUCUCUCUUUCUCCGAAGGAUCCAACUCUAGCUCCGUCUCUCUCUUUCUCUCUCUCUCCGAAGGAUCCAACUCUAGCUCAGCCUCCCUCUCUUCAAAGGAUCCAACUCCAACUCCAUUUCUCUCAAUUUCUCUCUCAGUAGGAUCCAACUCUAGCUCAUUUUCUCUCUCCCUACGAAGGAUCCAACUCUAGUUCCACCUCUCUCUCCCUCUCUCUCCCUGAAGGAUCCAACUCUAGCCCCCUCUCUCUUUCCCUCUUUUUUUCCCUACUAUUCUCUCCCCCCCCCCCUUUUCCGGUCCUCACGCACUCAUUGUCCCAGGUCAGAAGCUGUGCUAAAAAAUCUCAUGAUUUUUUCCCUACUAUUCCCCCCCCCCCCCCCUUUUCCGGUCCUCACGCACUCAUUGUCCCAGGUCAGAAGCUGUGCUAAAAAAUCUCAUGAAGCGAUGCAUAUCACACAUAUCACACCCGAGGACAUCAAAUGUAAAAAAAAAAAUCUCUCAUCCAGGAAACCUUGUAGCAGAAACAGAUGGGGCAGUGAGGCUAAAUGUUUAUAUCAACAUACCACUCCCGUAUGUUAUUAUUUCAACGUAACAUGUGUCGAUGGUAAGAUGAGACAGGACUGGGAAUGUCUGAGGUCAACUUCAAAAAAAGAGAAAACUGUUAUACACUUGUGCACCGUAAAAAUUUAAAUUUAGUUUUAAAAAUGAUGAAAAAAAAAAAAAAAAAAAAAAAAAAAAAAAAAAAAAAGUGAAAUAUUUUGUGAACUUGAAAAAAACUUUUUUUUUUUUACUUUUUACUUUGGUUAGGUGUUGUAGUGGUUGUGGUAGAGAUCUUAAUAGCUGAUGGCCUCUGCUGUCGGUCUAACGGCGUUCGUUACGUGUUAAAACGCGCUUCCUGUGUUAAAAUGACGACGAAUUCCACCGAUUUCAAAGUGGCUGCCACAAAAGUAGAAGCUUGACAAAAUGAUAUAAAUAGUAAUUUCUGUAUGUAUGUAUGUAUUUAUUAGUAAAUCAUUUCUGUAUGUAUGCAUGUAUUUAUAAGUUAAUCAUUUCUGUAUGUGUGUAUGUAUUUAUAAGUUAAUCAUUUCUGUAUGUAUGAAUGUAUUUAUAAGUUAAUCAUUUCGGUAUGUAUGUAUGUAUUUAUAAGUUAAUCAUUUCGGUAUGUAUGUAUGUAUUUAUAAGUUAGUCAUUUCUGUAUGUAUGUAUGUAUUUAUAAGUUAAUCAUUUCUGUAUGUAUGUAUGUAUUUAUAAGUUAAUCAUUUCUGUAUGUAUGUAUGUAUUUAUAAGUUAAUCAUUUCUGUAUGUAUGUAUGUAUUUAUAAGUUAAUCAUUUCUGUAUGUAUGUAUGUAUUUAUAAGUUAAUCAUUUCUGUAUGUAUGCAUGUAUUUAUAAGUUAAUCAUUUCUGUAUGUAUGUAUGUAUUUAUAAGUUAAUCAUUUCUGUAUGUAUGCAUGUAUUUAUAAGUUAAUCAUUUCGAUAUGUAUGUAUGUAUUUAUAAGUUAAUCAUUUCGGUAUGUAUGCAUGUAUUUAUAAGUUAAUCAUUUCUGCAUGUAUGUAUGUAUUUAUAAGUUAAUCAUUUCGGUAUGUAUGUAUGUAUUUAUAAGUUAAUCAUUUCGGUAUGUAUGUAUGUAUUUAUAAGUUAAUCAUUUCGGUAUGUAUGUAUGUAUUUAUAAGUUAAUCAUUUCUGUAUGUAUGUAUGUAUUUAUAAGUUAAUCAUUUCUGUAUGUAUGCAUGUAUUUAUAAGUUAAUCAUGUCGGUAUGUAUGCAUGUAUUUAUAAGUUAAUCAUUUCUGUAUGUGUGUAUGUAUUUAUAAGUUAAUCAUUUCGGUAUGUAUGCAUGUAUUUAUAAGUUAAUCAUUUCUGUAUGUAUGUAUUUAUAAGUUAAUCAUUUCGGUAUGUAUGUAUGUAUUUAUAAGUUAGUCAUUUCUGUAUGUAUGUAUGUAUUUAUAAGUUAAUCAUUUCGGUAUGUAUGCAUGUAUUUAUAAGUUAAUCAUUUCUGUCUGUAUGUAUGUAUUUAUAAGUUAAUCAUUUCUGUAUGUAUGUAUGUAUUUAUAAGUUAAUCAUUUCUGUAUGUAUGUAUGUAUUUAUAAGUUAAUCAUUUCUGUAUGUAUCAAAGGCGUCAUUUAAGGUUUUUUCAGGAAAAAAAGGGGAAAAAGGGGGGGGGGGGGGAAAGUUUAUACAAGCUGGACGUUUGACCUAUAGAUUUUCUUAUAAAUACAUACAGACACACAGAAAAUAUCACCUUAUAAUUCCCCACCGUGCCUUACCCAAAUGACGUCUCUGGUAUGUAUUUAUAAGGUGAUAUUUUCUGUGUGUCUGUAUGUAUUUAUAAGUAAAUCUAUAGGUCAAACGUCCAGCUUGUAUAAACAUUUAUACUUUAUCCCGUCCUCAGUGGGUCGGAACUGCAUCAAAAAGGACUCCACCGGAUGCUACUCAUUCGACCUUCAGGACAAGGUCAAGAACACUGGCAUUGCUUCGGCCCAUCUGUGGUUUUACAAGGCCAAGGACAGAGCUGACGUCAGUGGACAGACAUUUAUUGUGUAUGAGCUGGGAUUGGCUAGAAGGUAAACACGAAUUUCUCAUCAAUUCCCAAAGCAAAACGAUUUGCGUGAGACGCCCCGUGGGUCGGGGUGGAGGGGGGGCGCGUGGUCAGUUGUCACAGUGCCAUAAUAGUGAAGGGUGGCGUGGCAAAUUUCAAGCAGUACUUUAAAAUGUUUUCAUUGAAUGCAAGCAUGUGAAUUAUGUGUGAAGAGGACAUGCCUCUUGUUACCCUCUCGGAUACUACAUUUCAGCCAAGUGUUAGUUGUGUUUUUAUUGUGGUGUUUUCGCUGAUGAAGGCUUCUUGCCGACACGUUCGUUGUUUUGUUGCGUUCUUCUUUUUUUUUUUUUCCUCGUGUGUUCCCAUUCUUUGUUUCAGCUUUUAGUCAGUGGACACUUCGUGCCCAAACUUGAGUUAAUAAAAAUUUUAACGUUACGUUACAAUCAAAAUGACUGUNUAUAUAUAUAAAUUAUAUAUAUAUAUAUAUAUAUAAAUAUGUCUGUAUAUAACGUUCUUUCCAAAUAAGUCUUCGUGCGUGCUUCUGAUCACCUCAACAUGGCGCCAAAAGUUGUUUGCCCGCUCCCUUCAACAGACGCUGAUUUUCAUUUUUUUAAAAACCCAAAUUGUUUUAUCACCGGAGAGUCAGCGGAGAGUCAGCGGAGAGUCAGCGGAGAGUCAGCGGUUCGUGACAUGAACAGAAACAACACCGCACCGCGUCAUCGUCACAUUCUCAACACCGGGGAACACGAAGCCGACAAGGGUCAUCGAUGGCUCCGCGAAUGUUAAAACAAAAUGAGCACGCAAGCGAGGCUUCGCUCCGCGGCACGAUGAUGUAACCAACCAAGGUCGGCUCCUCCUAGCUUCCUGUUGUUUAAUAUCACAACAAGUUGGCGACCCUGAAACUUUGUCGCCAGUUUUUUUUGUUUUGUUUUAAACAUUAAUAUGCCAAAUCAGCAGUAUGUAUUACUUUAAAAAAAUAAAUUAUUAAAUAUGCUGCUUGACAUUUUAAACAGGAUUAAAAUAACAAAAGUUAUAGUAAUUUUACUUUAAAAAAAAAUUUAAACAAACGUUCACCUUAUUUUUGGACAUAUUUACAAAUAUAUAUAUAUUUUUGUUGCUGGCAUCCGUCCGUCGAUGGUGACUUUUCGCAGGGCGAAAUCCACAAAGCCUGGGAUUAUUCUUCUAGGAUUAUAAGCUGGUUCCCAACAGCGAAUCGCCCCCCUCCACGCCGCUGGAUAACCCAAGGGAACAUCAUGUGAAUGAUACAGCUUGGCACCAGUGGCGUCGCAGGGGUUUUCGGAAUGUUUCAUUGCACCAAUGUUAUCCGCCUACGGGACACCAUCUCCGAGUUUUAAUUCAAAGUUUCCUUCUCUUAGAUGAGUUGCUAUCUAAGGUUAACAUUUAAAAAAAAAAAGGUUUCAGCUAACAGCUUUUUAUUCAGAGGAUAGAGGCAAUAUAUUUGCUAAAAUUAGAAGGAUAUAUUUAAUGCAUGUACAAGAUUCCCUUUGCACUUGAUGGACAAUAGCUGCGACAUCAUUAAAAAACAUACACAGCAGAAUGUAAAUUUUAAGUUGAAGAAAGAAUUUUUAAGUACUAUUUUUUGAAUAUCUUUACUGUUAACUUUUGUCACAUGGGUUUAAAUUAUAACAAAUGUUGAACUACUGGAUUUUUUGAAUCUCCAACGUAUUGACAGUGAGAAGUCUGUUGAGUUCGUCCGAAGAUGUAGCAAACGAAAGUUAGGCCUGCAGGAUUGAGUAGAAAAAAAAAAGUGUCAUCUGUCCGUCUCCAGUGGUAGAUAGGUGUACAAUCGCUGCCAAUCUCUUUUUAGAGGAAAUACGAAGCCUUGGCGGUGUGUUUUAUAAAAAAAAUUUUAUGGAGAAUCAGCAAUUUACUUAGCAGCAUUUUCAAACGCUGGUGUUGGACUCGAGUGAACGACCAAAAGACCGCUAGAGCUUGACCCCGGCAUUGGAGGAGUUGUCCGGAAUUACACUGAGUUCAGUGCCAGACCGCAUACGUGACCAUCUCCAUAUUGUUCUAUCGAUGUUUACUCAACGUAGCCUCAACAAAAGCGGUCGUAUCCCAGUGGGCGUCUAUGGCGUGCAGUAGGUGUCUUCCUUUUCUAAGAUGAGCCACCAUUCAAGGUUGCGCGAAAUGAACUCCCAUCCAGCCAAAGUGCUUAGAGUUAAUUUUAAUUAAUUUUUUGUUCUUGCUGGGGCUGGAACAUCAGAAAUGAAAUAUGCCCCCCACUCCAAUUAUGCACCAACAUAUGAUUGCAAUCAAUUGAAAUUGUAUGUGUGUAUGUAUGUAUAUGUCUGUGUGUGUGUGUGUUUGUAUGUAUAUGUGCGUGUGUGUGUCCUGCGACACGUCAUCGUUGUAUCUUAUUAGUGGCUAACAAAGGUGGUAUCCUUCAGUGGCAUCCUCGUGACCUAACAGUAAGACGUGUACACUUGUGAUUCCUCAGUGGCCUGCUGCAGGAGAAAAGCCAGAUUGCGCGUAAAGAGCUGCAGACUAUGGGUGACUGGGUCAACAUCAACGUGACGAGAUACGUCACCAGCUGGCUCGAGAAACGAACAGCCAAUCAGAUGUUGGCCGUACGGUGCAAAACCUGCGCCACCAGGAAUUACAAGGCACUCUAUGGGGCAAAAGUAAGCCAUUUGGUAUUGCUUGUUCUUUGGUGCUUAGCAAAACCAAAUUAUUCAUUAAUUAAAAAUUAAAUAACCCAUACCAACAAAAUGUUUCUUAUAAAAUAAAUGCAUUUUUUUUUUUAUUAUUCUGUAUUAAUAUUUGUAUGUCCCACCCCGCUUUUACACCGCACAAUUAUUUCACCCACUAUUACAGAAACACAACUGAAAACAUUACGCACCAAACGCACUUGCGAAAUUUAAAAUAAUAAUAAUGAAAAGAAUCUGGUCGCAUUCAUGGGGGAUUUUAUUUCGUGAAAUCGGUGUCAUUAUAUUUCCUCCAUCUUCCCUUUCAAAAACAGGAAAAACUGAUUUUUGGCGGUUAAGAUCGUGGGGGGGGGGGGGGGUGAAAAUGAAAGAUUAUGUUAUUAUCGACAACGAGUCUAUGUGCCAAGUUUCAGCUCGAUAGGUUGACGAGAAGUGAGCCAAUGGGGCGUCCGAAGAUUUUUGCUCUAAACACACAAAAGCGAAGUUAAUAUAAAGGAUUUAAAAAGAGGAUUAUGUUUUUACGCUUUGUUAUAAGUUAUAGAUUUGAAAGGAUUACCGAUUUGAAAUAUUAAAAAGUAAUGUGUCUAUUAAAUUAUCUUUGGGAUUAAAAUAAUUUAAUUGAUUUAUUACACAGAAGUAUUUUUUUUUUUUUUAAAUUAUGUCUUCCCCUUAGAAAAGAAAACAUCUUAAAAUGUGUCUUCAUUUCAUAUUUUAAGGGGUAAAAAACGUCAUGACAUUUCUCUUUAACAGCAUGGUUAUAAACCGAUUCUUGUCAUCAAGUACUUGAAAGGUUUCUACGAUGUGCGCAAGAAGAGAACUGAGACUAGGACGUGUAACCCUCAAACGGAAUGCUGCAAGGGGAAUCUGACGGCUGACUUUGAAGCUUUAAACAUGCACAACAUCCUCCAACCUAAAACUCUAUCCGUUGGCUACUGUUACGGAUACUGCGAUGGUGAGUGACGAUUGCCUUUAAAAAAAUUUUUAAAAAAAAACUGCUUACUAAGAUGAUACAAUUUCUGUUGUGGUACUUUAAAAUGUAUAAGGAUGAGAAGAAAAAAAAUCAACGAGAGAAAACAAAAUAUAUUUUGUUUAUAUUACGGGCUCUUCCAAUUUUCUAUACAAGAUCGCUUUGUUGUUACCUGGAAACUUCUGAAAUAUUCAAAUAAAACAAACUCAUAGUUAUUUUUAAAAAGUAUGAUUAGCAAUCAGGGCUCUCAGUUUAAACAAUCCCCCCCCCCCCCAAACAGCUGAAACAGUUUUUUGGGUCUGUGUAAAAAUAUGAAUCAAUGUAUAUGAUUAAAUUAAUUUUCCUUGGUCAAGGUUUAAAAAAAAAAAACAAAAAAAACUUUAAAAUGUUUUCUUUUAAAUGUAUGUGUCUAGAGGGGUCGUCCAUUAAUUGCGUCAACAAUUUUAAUGCAAUUUUUUACCCCCGCCCCUUCCCCUUNACCCCCCCCCCCCCCAAAAAAAAAAAUUAAAAAAAAAAAUUAAUGAAUUAUUAUACAAAUUAAUUUAUAAGUACAUUUUAUUUUGUGCUGAUCUAUUUCAAUGACACGUACAAUUGUAGGGCAACAUUUGAUGACAUGUUUAGCUUGUUAAUCAACUAGUUCAAAAGUUUUUACACUUAAAUUUUAUAAUGCAGAAUCAAUUAAAAGGUUGUUAAGAACUUAAUAGCAUUGUUUGUGGAAGUAUAAAUAUGAUUAUUGUCAGUAUAGCUGACAAUUAUAGUAUAGUUUCUACCUGCUUUUAUCUUCACAUGGAGUAGCCAGGUGUUGCUGUAGCGUAACAACGAGCAUCAGGGACAUCAUUUGGGCAGAGCAAGGGGGACCCCUCCCCCCCCCGCCCCCACUGAUUUUUCUGGUUUUAUUAAAAUUGCUAUGUACUGUGGCGCCUCCAGUUAUAAACAACUUAAUGAGCCGACGAAGUUUUGGUUUUACCCCCCCCCCUCCCCCUUUCCCUUCCCCUGAAAAAAAACCUGAACUGACGCCCCUGAUGGACACAGUCUAUAGUAGCUGAUUUAUCAUGUUCAUCUUGCGAAACUGAUACAUCAGAUAAGUCAACAUCAUCCAGAUGUAACCAUUCAGCACUUAAAAGAGACGUUUUGUCGGUGUGAGCCAAUAAUUGUCAUAAGCUCUCUCUGUCUUUGAGUUGGUCGGCCUAUAGACUACUAUAGUUGUUAUUGAACAUCGAUGAGCUGUUUUUUUUUUUUUUUUAAUUGAACACCGUGUACAAUGAUGUUUUAAUCAUUCUAGGAAGUGGAAUAAGAAAAAAAAAUGACAGGGGAAGAGAUUCCAACUUUUGACUUCUCUUGCACUAACAAAAGAUUGAAUGUUAAAGAUGGGAGGAAUCACACAAGCGACAGGGUGCGAUUUGACAAUGUUUAGAAUAUUAAAAGGCGAUAAAAGGAGCUCAUAAUUAACCGAGCUACACAUACAUUUACAUUUCCAGCGCUCUUUCCUGGCUCUGACACUAAUUACUUUUCUUAGAUACGAUGUACACACAAAUUAGCCUCUUCAAACUUGGUCAUUCUUUGUUUUCUUUUCACGGGCCCCGGUUCUCAGUUUGAUAGCAAGAUUUAAUACCGAAAGUAAGAUUUAUUACCGAAAGUAAAUUUUAAUACUACCGAAAAUAAGAUGAAAUACUACCGAAAGUAAGAUUUAAACUAACGUAAGUAAGAUUUAAUACUACCGUAAGUAAGAUUUAAUACCGAAAGUAAGAUUUAAUACCAAAAGUAAGAUUUAAUGCCGAAAGUAAGAUUUAAUACUACCGAAAGUUAGAUUUAAUACCGAAAUUAAGAAUUAAUACUACCGUAAGUAAGAUUUAAUACUACCGAAAGUAAGAUUUAAACUACCAUAAGAAAGAUUUAAUACUACCGAAAGUAAGAUUUAAACUACCGUAAGUAAGAUUUAAUACUACCGAAAAUAAGGUUUUAAUACCGAAAAUAAGAUUUAACACCGAAAAUAAGAUUUAAUACUACCGAAAGUUAGAUUUAAUACUACCGUAGCCGUCAGUAAGAUUUAAUAGUAACAUGAUUAUGCCAUGCAGUUUGUUUUAACUAUCACCUGACAAGAGCCAACAAUAAUUUUAAAAAUUGUAAUGCUUCCACUUACCAAAAUAUUUUCUCUUUUUUUUUUCUUUCUUUCAGGAAUCGAUCAGUUUACUUAUAACCACACGUCAAUCAAGCAACGCAUCCGCUGGUUGCACAGCACAGAGUCGUCCAUGAGAGAACAGCUCAAGCCUUGCUGUGUGCCCUUAAUUCUAAAAGACACAUUCAUCAUGACCUAUGAAAAUGAAAAAAUUGUUACGAAAAUUUUGCCCAAAGUCAUUGUAGAAAAAUGUGGGUGCAUGUAGUGAGUUGACUUAACAACACAUAAAGAAAUUAUUUUGUUUUUUUUAAAUUAAAAAAAAAGGUAAAUUAUUACGCUGAAUGUCGUUAAGAAAAACAGUAGAGGACAUCCCUUCAAGAUUUUAGUUACAUCAAACGAUUUUUGUUUUAUUAUGGAUCGCAUGGAGAAGAAAACUUAAACUUUUAAAUAAGGUGUCAUCCAGAUAUAAAAGUAUGAGAAUAUUUUUUAAAAAUAAAUUUAAAGGAAACAGAAUAUUUAUUUUUUAUCAUCCUAGACUUUUGUGAGCUGACUCGUUACUUUUUCACUUUUCCCCAACCUUUGUUUCUGAGGGAAAAAAAAAUAAAAAUAAUUACCAGUAAAUAUAAACACUGGAUUUAUCAAAAGUGUAGCGAAAAAAGAAAAGGAAAAAAAAAGCUAUGGAAAAACCACCAUCCUGGAACCGAUUUGACGAAAUACUCGCUGACAACACGGAUUGAAUUAAUCUACAACAAUUUUAGCCAAAGAAGUUCUGGCAAUACGACACAUCUCUUAAACCGUGCUGGCUUAGAAAAGGUUGUCCUCAAUUUAAACAUAGCAUCCUGUCAUUUUUUGAAUAUUGUCAAAAAAUGUUUGUGGUUAAAAGAGAGGGAUGAUCUGUCAUCACUCACAAUUUAAAAAAAAAAUUUAAAGUUGAAAUGUAUUGUUUAGUAAUAAGAAAUACGAUAAAAAAAAUGUAGCCAUUUUUAAUGCAUUUUCGAUGACUCCAGAAACAAUUGCUAUUUAAAAACAGAUCCAGUUAGGUCUUAAGAUUCUGUAUAAAUGCCAUGAUUCCCAGACACAUAGAUCUACUUGCACUUAAGAGAAAUAGUUUCGUCUGAUCCGAAACUCAGAAGAAUUGGGCUUAGUAAUUUAAAUUUAAAAGAGGGCACGCCUACCUGGCAAAUAAUCUUCAUCUUGUCUAACUUUAAUUAUAAUAUUUAUAAAUGAACAUUUGUUAUCUACCAAUUGCACGUUACAUAUUUUUGUUUACUUAAAAAAAAAAUAUCUAAACGAAACAUAAAUUAUUAAUGACUGAUUAUUUAAUUUGAACCAAAACGCAUUUAUAUGUUUUUAAUCUACUUAAAAAAUAAAACAGACGACAAUGCUCAUUUAUUUAUUCCCUGUUAUGUUGGGUGUGUAAAAAUAGCUUGAUACGUUGAUGUAAACUCAUUUGUUGUACUUUCGUUUGUACAAUUUUGAAAUGCUCAUUAAGUAUUAUUUAUUCGAGUAAAUUCUAGUAGGCCUAGUAAUAGAACCUCACAGGGGUCUCCAUAUGUACCUAGUUGAAUUUCUCACUAAUAUAGUUUAAGGAGUAGAGUUUAAAAAAUUGACAGUGUUUGGUUUUGAAGCAAAUGAAGUUAAAUGAAUUUUUAAAAGAAAUAUUUUAAAGUAAACUUUUUAAAAAAGUAACUAUGCAUCCAUGGGCGCCCGCAGGGGGGGGAAGGGGGGCACAAAUAGACAAACAAUGUAUUAAAGUAAAGAGAAAAUAAAGAGAAAGUAACUAAGCUGAUGUCCUGUCCGUUCGUUCACCAUACAAAUACGCUACAGUAAAUUAAAACUACAUUAAAACAUUACUAAAAA